AUGGAUACAAACGAUUCGAAUAGACAAAAUAAUGGGCGAUUCUUUCCAAAUGAACAACAACAACAAGAGGAAAAGAAAAAGUGUCAUGGUAAUCGACGAAACCAACGUUUUAGAAGAAAAUGCCGCGCUCUUAAAAUGAAACCAAAGAAAAUAGAAAAACUAAUAAAGAAAAGAAAUCAUAUUCCUAAGAAAAUUCAAAAACAGCAGCCUAAAAGAUCUACGACAAAUUAUAGUAUACAAUUAACAACUGGAAAAACUAAUCAAUCACAACCAAUAACAACAACAACAACAGCAAAUGUUUUUAAACGUAAACGAGAUAUAUCAUCGCAACAAUUGUCAAAAACUACAAGUUCAAUAUCCAUCGUGCAGCCAUCAUCGAAAAAGAUGACUACUGCUACACUAUAUGCAAAUAAUACUAAUACCAAUAUGAAUAACAAUUACCGAUGUCCAAUGUAUUUGACACGAUCAUCAUCGAUACUUUGCCAAAUAUUAAAUAAAACAUUAAAUUAUACAUUAAAGAAACAAGAUGAAAAAAAAUUUCUUCAUGUACAACUUGAAUUAUUAGAUCAACAAUAUUGUUUAGAAAGAGAUCAAGAAUUAUGGCAAUCAUAUUUAGAUAUUGGUUUACAACAAUGUGUAUGGCCAGUAAAGAAUAUCAAAAAACAAUUGAAUCAAUGUCAAUUUGACUUAACAAAAUAUUCUCAAACAUGUCCAAUCAGGGAAUUAUCAUUUAAUGUAAUUGAACAACGUCUUAAAGAAUUGGUGGCUCGUGAACGAAAAUAUAUAUCACAAAGAAACAAUGAUCAAUUGAUUAAGUUUAAAGAUGAUAUUCAUCAAGCAGAAUUAUUUAGAAAAAUAUCUACGAAUUUACCUAAAACUAAUACACAAGAAAAUUAUAUAGAUCAAUUAAUGACAAUACGAGAAAAACAAGCAGCAAUUUGGAAAGAACAAUUAAUGUUAGAAAUACGUAUUCAUUGUAAAUUUUUACCACAAAAUCUCGUUCAUUUACAAAGUUUCAUGGCAUCUAUUAGUUAUGUACCAUUGAAUAAUGAUCAAAAAAGUAUUGAAGUAAAAAAUAAACAUUAUAAAAUCAUACAAGAAGCAAAACGUACAUGGUUAAACUAUAUUUUAAAUACUUAUGAGAUGAAAAUAAUAGAAUAUGAAUUACAAUAUCAAAAUGAAUAUAUCAAAUUGGAAUCAUAUAUAUCAAAGAAUAUGACUACCACUAGUACAUCUGUUCUCAAUCAAGUUCAAGAAUAUAUGAAUUGUCGAAUAUCAAAAUUAAAAAAUGAUAUUUAUAAUAAAAUGUCCUCUUUUCGAAAAGUAAUUCUUCAAAAUCGUCAACGUUCAUCAUCAAUAAAAGAUGUUAUUGGUGUAUGGCCUGAACCCUAUCUUGAUCUAAUUUCGAAUCCAUUUGAUACACGUCAAUGGAAUUAUCUUUCACUUGGACCAUAUUAUAUAAGAUCAAAUCAAAGUGCUGUUCGUCCUCAACGUCAACAAGAAGUUGCAAUUAAAGAUGAAUAUGAAGAUAUUUAUAAAAAGGUUAAAAGUCACCUUGUCAAUAAACCUCAUUGUGUACCAAAAAACCAUCCAAUUUUUACAGAAUAUUCAAAUCAUCUUUUAGAUUAUCUUAAUCAAUGUUAUUCUACUCCAUUACCAUAUAAAGUUCAAUUGCAAACUCGUGAACAAGCACAAAUUGCCCGAUCAAUUCGACAAAUAAUUAAAAAUAUGGAUCUUAUCAUUCGUAUAACUGAUAAAGGUCAUAAUUUUUAUAUUGGUUCAAGUAUUGAAUUCGA